GGUACAUCUUAUAAGGUCAGCAAAUGGAGAUAUCCUAGUCGCUGUGCUUGUACGAUGCGACAAAUCAUACCGACGUAAGAGGCCUUCGCCCUACGUAAUACUGUUCGCGCAGCCGAACAGUUCCGAUGUCGGAUCAUGCAUGCUUACUGAUCCUAAUUUGGCCGAUAUUGCGGAUUUUUUGCAGUGCGAUCUGAUGGCAUUUGAUUACAGUGGCUUUGGACUGAGCACUGGCACACCCACUGAACAAAAUGUUUAUCAGAACAUAGAAGCUGUUUAUCAGUUUGUCUCUAAGUGUUGA